AUGAAGGCUGGGGGCAGCAUCUCCUCGCCUUUCGCCUCCUAUCAGCUGCAGAAGAUCCUGGGCUCAGGAUGCUUCGGCACGGUCGCCCUCUGCACCAAAGACAACACCGACCAGAAGGUGGCGCUGAAGGUGGUUAAGGAUCCUGGCCGUGAGGCUAAUUUCCUGAGUUUCUUGAGCAAGUCUGGAUCUGCGUCCCACAACAUCGUACAAUGGUUCCAGAGCUUCGACUUCAAUGGUCACUUUUGCCUUGAGUUUGAGGUGCUGGAUAUGGGUCUGGAUGACUUUUUGGAAAAGUCCUCACUUCUGCCGCUUCAGCACAUCCGGCCAAUUAUCACACAGAUGGCCGACGCUUUGACCUUUUUGAAGAGCCUGAAAAUAGUCCAUGGCGACCUGAAGAUGGAGAACAUUAUGCUAGUGGAUCACGUGAGGAAGCCUCUCCAGGUUAAACUCAUUGACUUCGGACUGGCUCGUCCUGCACAUCUAGUCACACGAGGCACUUGUUUUGGGGCACUUUGCUACAGCGCCCCGGAGAUGGCAAUAGGAGCCCCUAUGCACCACGCCUUGGACAUGUGGGCGCUCGGUUGCAUCGCUGCCGAGCUGUUCCUGGGACAAGUGCUCUUCAACGCCAAAAAGACGGCUGAUCUGGUUGAAGUGAUUGUCCAAAUAUUGGGGCUGCCUCCCAGAGAAGUGCUGGACUCUGGUCUACUUACGAAAAAGUACUUCUGCCGUCCAGAUGGACAGAACUGGGUGCACAAGUCAUCAUGUGUUCCUUGGAGGAUGAAGAGACCAGUCCCUGUAGAAACACUGGACGAAAUGUACACGAGGAAUCCAAACGGUGGUGAGGAUUUGUAUUUCUUCGUGGACCUGGUCAAGCGGAUGCUGGACUUAGAUGCAGGUUCCCGAAUUGACCCCAAGGAGGUGAUGACACAUCCCUUCCUGAAUGCAUCCCUACGUGCCCAUGUUGAGAGCCAAAAGCCUCAUUUGGAGAGUCAGUCGUCCGUCUCCCCCUGCCUCUCAAAGCCUAGAGGCCAAAAGAGGAAGCGCGAAGACGAUGACGAUGAGGAAGAUGUCACGAAACGUCCUGAGAAACGUUACAGAAGAACAGACCAGGCUUCUGUGACCAGUUUGGAGAGUCAGUCGUCCGUCUCCCCCUGCCUCUCAAAGCCUAGAGGCCAAAAGAGGAAGCGCGAAGACGAUGACGAUGAGGAAGAUGUCACGAAACGUCCUGAGAAACGGUACAGAAGAACAGACCAGGCUUCUGUGACCAGUUUGGAGAGUAAGCAUACUCAGUUGCUCUCCUCUCUUCCUGAGACUCCUGAGGUUUCUCUGCCUCGUGGACUAAAGAGGAAGCGAGAGAACGGGAAGGAGGGAGAAGAACGUCCCGACAAACGAUACAGAAGAGCGGAUCUGGUUUGA